CUCACUUUGCAACUCGAUCCCUAACAGUUCAGUCGGUCCUGGCCACUACCUCUUGAACAGAUCUAAUGCGCCUUAGCUUCAUCAUUUUCGUGCUGGUAUCGGUGUGUUUCGCACCCAGUGUAAACUCGAACACCACUGGUCAAACAACCCAUGGGGCUGGUAACCGUUCUCUCCGGGGCGACGAGACAGCCGACGUCGAAGAAAGGGCUCAGGCAAUAAUAGGCAAAUGGCUAUGGGGACCUUUCUCCAGCGCAACUUGGAAAAAGAUGCUGGUAGACACCGAGUAUCAGCGUAUAAUGUUCAAGAAGUGGGAUGGCUAUUCCCUCGACACAAUCAAGGAACGAAUUGGGCGCGCUAUCAUUCAGGACGACAACAAUCUUGCCAAGAUGAUGUUGGAUUAUGUCGAGAACCACCGUGUCUACAAGUAAGAGGUUGCUGCUGGUGACGAGAUGCCAAAUAGCGGAAAAUCUGAGCACAUUAAAUAUGUUGAAUAUUGAUGAAUUUAGAUAACGCA